CUCCCCCCUCCCGAUCAGGAUCAUGACCCAGAUGAGGGACCAGGGUACCGUGGCCUUCAUCGGGCCUGAUGGGACCUGCAGCGCAGAGGCUCUAGUCGCCGCAGCAUGGAACUUACCCAUCAUAUCAUACAAAUGUGCUGACAAACUUGUAUCUGACAAGAGGGUCUAUCAUACUUUUGCUAGGACGCUUCCACCCUCUACUAAGGUUUCCAAAUCCGUCGUUGCUCUUUUGACAAGAUUCAAGUGGUUUACUUUUGUCAUCGUCUACGAGAAAAGCCCAUCGUUUGCUCAGGUUAAAGAUGCUAUCAAGGAGUUGGCGACAGAAAACGGCCUCGUCGUCACCGAGGAAAUGGAAUUCAAAGAUGACUACAUUCCCAAGAAAAUCAGAGAAUUAGAGAAUAUCAUCGAGGUCACAUUCCAAAGGACUAGAGUUUACGUGUUUGUCGGAGAUCACGUGGCAUUGGUAGACUUCGUCAAAUGCCUUCGGAAGAGAGGCCUCCUCGAGAAGGGGGAAUACAUCGUCAUCUCAGCCGAUGAUGAGAUAUACAACCCUGAACGAAGGAAGAAUAUCAUCCAGAGGGAUUAUCUGGACCCUUGGCUUCAGGAUCCUUGGUUCCAUCACCCUGGAGUGCGUCCUGUUGAGUACGACAUCCAUGGGUUCCGAUCGGUUCUCAAGCUGACAACCUCCCACCCAAGCAACCCUGAAUACAAGUCUAUCUGCGAAGAAGUGAAGAAAAUUUCAACAAGGCCACCUUUUUGUGUUCCUCACCAUAGCACUAUUUUCGGAAGUAUGCCGGUUCCUAUCCACGCAGCACACCUGUACGACGCUGUGAUGAUCUACGCGAGGGCCCUCACCGAGGUUCUGGAGGCAGGAGAAGACCCCAAGAACGGAACCGUUAUUCUGGAGAGGAUACUCAAUAGAAGCUACAGAUCCGUCCUCGGCUAUGAUGUUUAUAUUGACAGUAAUGGAGAUGCUGAGUUCAACUUGAGCGUUGUUGCGGUCUUAGAUGACCCUGAAUCCAAUGGCUCUGCUAGAAUGAGCAUGCAGCGUGUCGGCUACUUCAGCUAUCCAUCUAAUAUGACUGCUCUCCCGGAAUUUAAAUAUUACAAUGAAUCAAGAAAAAUCCAGUGGGUUGGUGGCUCUCAACCUUUGGCUGAACCACAAUGUGGCUUCCUCGGAGAAAAGUGCAAGAAAGAUAGAUGGAUAAUAAUAUUGGUUAUUGGAGGAAUUUUUUGUCUUCUGUUGGUCGCAGGAGUUUUUGCUUUUAAACAUUAUCGCUACGAACAGAAACUUGCCUGCCUCUUGUGGAAAAUAGAUAUGAGGGAAGUGACCAUCAUUCCUACAGCUACAGGCACUCAAAAAAGCAACAUGAUUCAAGUGUGCAGACAAAGCUGUUUACGCAGUAUUGUACCUGAUGUCAGUCCAAAAAGGGCUUAUACCAAUAUUGGUUUCUAUAAAGGGAAUACAGUAGCCAUCAAAACUGUAUAUAAAAGAUCUGUAGACCUGACAAGGAACAUAAGGAAGGAACUGAAGCAGGUAAGGGAAGUGCGCCAUGAGAACUUAAUCACUUUUAUCGGAGCAUCAGUAGAAGCUGGAAAUAUAAAAAUAUUAAUGCCAUAUUGUACAAGAGGUAGUUUAGAAGAUGUGUUGGCAAAUGAUGAUUUACAUCUCGACAAUAUGUUUAUUUCUUCUCUUAUUGCUGAUAUUAUCAAGGGAAUGAUCUACCUUCAUGAUAGUGACAUUAUAUCUCACGGUAACCUCAGAUCUAGUAACUGCCUAGUAGAUAGCCGAUGGGUUCUUCAAAUUUCAGAUUUUGGUCUACACGAGUUUAAAGCGGGUCAGGAGGAGCCUGAUGAAAGUUUAGAAAUUAAGAGGCGUCUCUGGCGUGCACCGGAGUUACUAAGGGCAACACAUGCUCAUCCCAGAGGGACACAGAAAGGGGAUGUUUAUUCAUUUGCAAUAAUCCUUUACGAAGUUAUCGGGAGACAUGGUCCAUGGGGAACCACUCAACUUACACCUCGAGAAAUUAUAGACCAAGUAAAGAGUGGCUCUGGCCUAAGGCCAGAUGUAAAAGCUUUUGCAAUAUCUCCUUCAGUGAUUGCUUGUAUGGAAGACUGUUGGCACGAGGACCCGGAACAGAGGCCAGAUUUCCGAUUCGUUCGUGUUAAGCUAAAAGAAAUGCAAGCCGGCUUAAAACCAAAUAUUUUUGACAAUAUGUUGGCUAUAAUGGAAAAAUAUGCUUCCAAUUUGGAAGGUCUUGUUCAAGAAAGGACCAAUCAACUGACUGAAGAGAAGAAAAAGACUGAUGCUUUACUAAAUAGAAUGUUACCAAAAACUGUGGCCGAAGCAUUGAAGAGAGGUGACCCAGUUGAAGCUGAAAGUUUUGAGUGUGUCACAAUAUACUUCAGUGACAUUGUGGGAUUUACCGAGUUAUCAGCCGUUAGCACACCACUUCAGGUUGUUGAACUCUUGAAUGAUCUCUAUACCUGCUGCGAUUCCAUAAUUUCUCAUUAUGACGUCUACAAAGUAGAAACCAUAGGGGAUGCUUACAUGGUUGUGUCCGGUCUUCCUGUACGAAAUGGUGAUCGUCAUGCAGGAGAAAUUGCAAGUAUGGCCCUUCACAUGUUAGCCAAUAUCAGGAGGCUUGAAAUAAGUCACAGACCGGGAGAACCACUGAAGUUACGGAUUGGAAUUCAUUCAGGCCAUUGUGUCGCUGGUGUUGUUGGAUUGAAAAUGCCCCGCUACUGUCUCUUUGGAGAUACUGUGAACACAGCCUCAAGAAUGGAAUCAACUGGCGAAGCUUUUAGAAUUCAUAUUUCAAGGACAACGCAACAGUUGCUUGAACGACUUGGAGGUUACAAUUGUGAAGAAAGAGGGAACGUUUACAUAAAGGGUAAAGGUGAGAUGUUAACAUAUUGGUUGGUUGGAGAAGACUCUGAACGAAGAAUGGCCCGACUUCAGGAUGUUGUUCAGUCCAGUAUAAGCUCAGAACGUAUGAGUGAAGCUCCCGAUCUUUUGAGGAGGCCAACAGGCAAUGAGCUUCUACCAGAUGCGGGCGACGCUACAGCAGCGAGACUAUUACAUCAGCUUCAUCUCCGAGCUGUUCGAGCCUAUUCAAAACAUCAUUCCCAGGAGGCGCUGCCUAGUGGUAUACCAUUCCAUCCUCACCAUAAUGGUCAUAGAUCAGAACCUGUCAUCACGUUCAAGGAUACAUCAACGUAUGUGUAAUCAUUUCCGGCCUAGAGAAAUAAUUUAUUUUUAAAUAUUAUAUAUAAUUGUAUGGUUUAGUGCUUAUUGAGAAAUGUUUUCUCUUAAUAUGCUCAAAUUACUUUUGUCAAAGAUAAGCAACAUUUAUAUACUUAAAUUAUAUGAAAGUGAAUGACAAAUAAAUUAAAAACAAUUAUUGUUCAUGAAAACCGUUCAUAUCAAGCCAAAAUUUUUGUAUAUAUUUGUGUGUUCUUCCAUUACUAUACUAAGAAAAUUCUAGUCAUAUAUUAUUGUUAUCUUUAAAUGUUUCCAAAAAUAAAAGUAUUUUGAUGUUAUAUAUUUAAAUAAAUUUUAUGUCUGUUUAAUAAGUGUUAUAUUAUAAACUUGGAUAUUAUUGAAUUGUUGAUAUUAAUUUAACAGGGUUUGAAUAAGCCUCUAUUUCAGAAUAAGAAAAAAAAAAUCUUUCAGAGUUAAUAAAUAUACUAUUU